CCAGGGUGCUCCUGUCCCCUCUGCCUAUGGAUGCUACCAAGGACACAGCUCCUCUCCAACAGCCACCUUUCUGGAAAUAAUAAUCCUCAAGCAGCAUGUUUACAUCCAGGAGUGCAAACCAUGACUGACCGUCCAAGGCCUGGACAUCCACUGCGAUUCUCAGUCAAGAAAGAUGUCCCACAACACAACAGAGAGCAGCAGCAACGCUCCCUCAGCUCUCCUAGGCCUGUUCCUGGGAAGCAUUUCCCUGAUCACCAUUGUCAUGAACAUUUUGGUGCUGUGUGCUGUGAAAAUGGAGAAGAAGCUGCAGACGGUGGGUAAUUUAUACAUCGUGAGCCUCUCCGUGGCGGAUCUGAUGGUGGGGGCGGCCGUGAUGCCCCUGCACAUCGUGUACCUGCUGAGCCCCAAGUGGCCCCUGGGGCUGGAGGCCUGUUUGUUCUGGCUCUCCAUGGAUUACGUGGCCAGCACAGCCUCCAUUUUCAACCUGUUCAUCCUGUGCGUGGACCGGUACCGCUCGGUGCAGCAGCCGCUUGAGUACCUCAAGUACCGCACCAAGGUGAGAGCCUCGCUCCUCAUCCUGGGGGCCUGGCUGCUCUCCUCCACCUGGCUCAUCCCCAUCCUGGGCUGGCACGUCUUCGCCAACCACGGCCAAAGGAACGUCAGGGAAGAUGAGUGUGAGACCGAGUUCUUCAAAGUCACCUGGUUUAAAGUGCUGACGGCCAUUUUCAACUUCUACCUGCCCUCCCUGCUGAUGGUGUGGUUCUACUGCAGAAUCUUCAGCACCGUUCGAAAACACUGCCAGCACCGAGAGCGCACCGAUAGAUCUUACUGCUCUUCCAAGGAAAAAACCAUGGUGCAGCAGGCUAAGACGAGGGAUGAGAAAAACAUCUGCCUCCAGGAGCAAGUCUUAGGUGAGAACACCCCUGGCACGGACAAGCAAAGCUCCCCAGAGCCCCAAAAAGCAGAGGCAGAGCUUCAUUUCAGCAAUCCUGGUGAGGCUUCAGAGGCGCUGAGUAAUGGGAAGGUCCUGAAGUGUUUCUCUCUCACCACAGCCAAGCCCGAGCCUGGCUUGGACAGAGCAGGGAAGAAGGGGGUGUGCGCCACGAAAAAACCUGGGAAUAAGGAGCAGCCUGGCUGCCAGGACAGCGACUCCAGCGUGGCAUCAGACAACCACACCUUCACUGAGGUGGCCCCCCGUGCAGAGCAGCCCAGUCCCGGCCCUGCAGGAGCCUGCUCUCCUCAGGGAAGGACAGAGCACAGGGAUUCCAGGGGACUGGCGUUCCUGAGGAAAACCUGGCACACCCUGCACAGCCGCUCCAGGAGCACCCACCAGCACGGGAACAGGGAGAGGAAGGCAGCCAAGCAGCUGGGGGUCAUCAUGGCAGCCUUCAUGCUCUGCUGGAUCCCCUACUUUGUGUUGUUCAUGGUGAUAACGUUAAACAAGGAGCACAACAACCGUCCACAGCUCUCAGAACUGCAUAGGGUCACCAUAUGGCUGGGCUACGUCAACUCCACCUUAAACCCAUUCCUCUAUCCUCUCUGUAACCAGAACUUCAAGAAGACUUUUAAAAAGCUCCUUCACAUUCAUUGAUGCUGGAGUUUUGGUGCUCAGGUGCAGCUCAGGAGUUCAACCAAACCAAAUGUUCCAGUUUCAAAGGACGUGUUCAGUAAAAGACUUUGGUGAACUGUAGUCUAUAAAGAAGUGUUAGUAAAAGUGGGAAAUGUGCACUUUGUAGUUUUAAUACAUUUGAAGAGCAACUUCAGAUCAAGGAUCUGAAAAAGUCAAGGUCAAUAUAUGAACUGUUACACUGUUGUCAGCCUUUUACCAUUGGAGAUCACCACUUCCAUACAGAAAUGGAGAUACAAAUAGACAUCCUCAGUGAUUAUAAAUUAUUCAGCUACAGAAAAGGAAGAAAUCACAUUUCACUGAUUGGCCAAAAACAUUUUUCUCUUUCAACCUACUCCAUUAAACACAUUGCUUGUGAAGUGAGAUUUGCAGGAGGAGGUACUUUGCACAGUCAAAGAAAAAACGUCCAAGAGUUUAAAAAGUCUCUCCCAUUUAUUUAUAGCCUGCUCCAAAUCACAAACUUUUCAUCAAAUGUCAAGUUUUGGUGUGUAUCCUGCUGUAUCUCUGUGAUAUUGUGCUUAGAUUAACUACACAUUAACUUUGCUGAAAAAGAGGUUUUAUGUCCCAAAAGAGUUUCCAUGCUCAAUGUCCUGUCACCAUCUGCUCCAGAAGGGCCUGCUGCUGUUUCCAGACUUGCAGAAUAUAGUUGAUUAUACAUGAAAUGUGUUGACCUUUUCUACCCUUUAUAUUUAAUUUGUAUUUCAUAAAUUUUGCUGUCAAAUAUUUCAGGAGAAAAACACAAUAAUAAUGGAAUACUCCAUGUUGGAAAAGAGACCAGGAAGAUGUUGAAGUACAACUGAAAGCUGAGGUGGCUUUGAUGCUACAAAAAGAGUCCUCUCAUUCCUUUUGUUGUGCUGAUGAAUUUCCCACAUCCUGAAUACUUUCUUAAUUGUAUUUAAAGGACUCAACAUUAAAUGAAACACUAACAUAUCUGCAUUCUAAUAAAUUGGGGAAAUCUGCUAAAGGAAUAAAUUCAGUCUAUUCCAGUGUAUUCUGCAAAGUUCAGAGAUUAAUUGACUUUGGUUUCAAGUUGCACACAAGAAAAAAACUGCAAUUAGGAAACUUAAAUCUAGGAGAAAUAAGGCAAAAUGCAGAGAGAAGACAUGAAACCAACAAAAUUUCCUGCAGAAUUCAGACAGCUUUUUCACUGCAGGAGGAACACCUGCACAAGCAGAAAAAUGCACCUUUUUGGAAUAAAGAACAGAACCUUUUGAAACUCAUGCUCUAAUCCCUGGCCUUUCACAAACAAUUGCUGAGGUUCACAGCCGCUAAAUUGGGUUUUUUUUCUGUUCUGAUUUGCAACAGCACUUCUGGCUAAAAUGGAUGGUAAUUUAGAUGAUCCCUGAGGAAAUAAAAGUCAGCCACAGUUAUUGGUGCUGAAAAACACAUUUACCCAAGGGCUGCUGAGAAUUACCAAGAAAUCUGUCCUGUUGAUCAUGUAAAUUGGCUUUUCUGACCUUAAAAACAACAAAA